AUGCAAGUCCAGGAUAUAGGCGAGUUAGAAAGCUGCAAGAUUAAGCUGGUCUGUAAAGCUACGUGCGCAAACUUAUUUAUUUUCUUUAACUUUCUUUGAGGUGUAAGUAGUACCAAGGCUGAUUGCAGUUGGAACGGAAUAUGCAGAGGGAUAAUCCCCAGCGGCGGAAGGAGAAAGUUCUUGUAGGUUGUGGGGCAGGUUUUGGAGGCGAUAGAUCAUUGGCAGCCCUCAAACUACUCCAAAGAGUUGAUAAACUUGAUUAUCUUGUUUUAGAAUGUCUGGCAGAGAGGACUCUCGCCGAUCGAUAUCAGAUUAUGAUGUCCGGGGGUGAUGGGUUUGAUCCUCGAAGUAUGUUGCGUUAUUUUUCUUUCCUUUUUAACGCACCUAUUAUCAUUCAGACAUUUCUACAUUAUUCAGAUUAUACUUGUUUUUUGCUUCUUUGAAGCAUUUUUUAUAUCUUCUGUUUUCCACCGACGACAAUUAGGACAUGAACUCAUCUUUUUGUUCUUAGUGUUACUCACGAGGGAAUUGGAAGUUAGAAGAUACCUAUCAUAAUUCUGUCCAUGAUGUCAUGCAUGCCUCUACUUUGGUAUGCUCUUAGAGUAAAAAAUGAUGUAUCCUUGUCCACAUUCUGAUUAAUUGCUUCUAUUUUGUGCAUUGGGAGAAUGUAAACUUAAAGAAAACUAUCGCACUCACUUUGCGAAUUUCUGGAAAUAAACUACCUCUUAAUGGCUAUCCGAUGCUAACUGAAUUAUCCUUGUUAAGGUUUUCCCUUUAACCUGCAUUCACAUGUAUAUAGGCGCACUCAUUUUGAUAGAUAUUUGCGGUUACGUACUCAUGCAAAAAGUAGUAUAAACCGUAUGCUCAUAGAUGGGCACAAGAUGGAAUGCGCACUUUAAACUUCUGUUACCUUGAUCGCUCAAUCUCGGAGCACUGUUCGUACAAGGUCGUCUUUAAAAUGGACAAGAUGCCUCUCAUUCUCUUAUUCUUCAUUUUAAUUCAAAAUCAUUGAGAGCUUGAAGAUUGUUGCACUUAUUCUUGUUCCGGAUAUGAGCCUCCUCUAGUGCACAUUAUCAUUGCAGUAAGCAUGCCCAAUGAUGCAACAAAAUAACUGUUUAGCCAUCAAGGUGACAAGACCAAGCAUCAUUGCCCAAUGAUGCCGCCUUUCUCCUGGUCCAGUGUUGUUUGGUUACUUAUACACGUGCAGUUCAAGAAUAUAGGAUCCAAACUUUACAGAGGUGCACUGUUUCAGUAGAGGUCUCAUAAGUGAAUUUAUCUUCAUUGUGGGACGAAAAAGCUGGUUUCACCAAGCGGCCACAACUGGCAGUAAACUCAUCCUCUUCAUCCUCAACUUCAUACCUUAGCAGAUCAAUUUGAGAAAUUCUAGCAGUAUUUUUUUCCCGCUGUGUACUGCAUCUUGUUUAUUCCUAUUGUGAUGAACAUAGACACGCAUGGAGCAUGACAUAACGGUGCUAAAUUUUCACUUAAGGUAAAUGCCUACAUCCUGAACAGGUAGGACUCUUAUGAAACCUAUCCUUCUAUGUUUUGCAGUCGUCGAGUGGAUGUCUUUGCUUCUACCACUAUCUGUAGGAAAAGGAGUCUGUAUAAUCACCAACAUGGGUGCUGGUAAGCAUCUAAUUAUUUUUAUUCCGGUGUAUAUACUGAUAUGUCAUGCAUUAUUUUAGUUCUCAAACUUCUGAUGUUGAUACUCACUUCUCUAUUACAAGUGGAUCCACUUGGUGCGCAGAAGGCCAUCUUGGAGGUUGCAAAUAGCUUGGCACUAGAUAUCACCGUCUCUGUGGUUAAUGAGAUUGUCUUAUCAAAAUCUGGUAACAUUUUAUGACUAACCCUCUCAAUCUCUCUUUGACUUUUAGGAAGACAUCUGAGAUGUAAUACAGAUAUCAAUUAGUAGUCUACUAAAAUACUAUCUAGAAAGUUUCCUAGAAAUUUAUGAUUUCAUUAUGUUUUCAUCAUCUGACGGUCUUCUUACCUCAGGAACCCCACUUCCAGACAAAGAGGACAGGAUAAGGAAAGGUGUAAGGUUCUGCUGCUCUGGAAUUCUUAGUCAUCUAUUCUGUCAUGUGUUGUGCUUUCCAUCUAUCUAUAUUUCUUAAUUGGGCUCUUCACAUGAGUACCUUGCUUCAUAGUAUUCAUGAAAACAAUGAGCAACGAUCGUGUGCAUUCAUAAACAAGCAAAUACCCAUAAAUAACACAUCCUGACAAAAACUGCACUUUCAGCGGAACAGUUUACUCUCGUGAAAGCAACCCAUUGUGCUUAAAUUGUGGAAUGAAUAUUAUUUAAUUUUGCAUUUAAAUUCCACAAAAGGCAUUAUUUUUACUUGUAUUUGAGUUAAGGUCUCUAAUAAUGUGCUUGUAUGAAAAAAGCUUAGUUAGUGAUGAUUAUGUGGUGAACUAAUUUUUGUUAUCUUCCUUGCAUCAUCUUUACCUUGAAGGGUGUCAGCACGUAUCUGGGAGCAGCCCCCAUUGUCCAGUGCUUAGAAAAAUAUAGACCACAGGUUAUAGUGACUUCACGGGUUGCAGAUGCUGCUUUAUUUUUAGCUCCAAUGGUAUGCUUUCGUUCCUAUGUCUUAAAAAUAAUUCAACUGAUAUUACUGAAAAUAUAAAUCAUUAUUUUAUUCAGUGAAAACACAUUUGGAACUGCAUGGGAGAAGUAUUUAAGACGCUAAGUAUUUUAUUUUAAAUUUAAGGUCAUGUAUUUGUGUUAUUCUGCCAAUACGAGCAGCUUUUAGUUUUUUUUUAAGAGUUACUGGAUGCUCUUGAAAAUGAUGUUCGGAUGUUUAUGUACAUGAUAUGUGGUUUCACCUUCACUUUCACUCCUGUUCUUACUCAUUAAAUCCAGAAAAAAAAUAACUAGCGCAUGACACCACCCAAAUUCUUCCCAUACUUUUCGUGACUAGGUUUAUGAAUUAGGUUGGAAUUGGAAUGAUUUUGAGCAACUUGCAAAAGGUUCUCUGGCUGGUCAUCUUCUAGAGUGUGGUUGCCAGCUAACAGGAGGAUAUUUCAUGCAUCCUGGUAACCAUGUUGCCCUCAAUUUUUUGUAUUUUGACUUCGCAUAUACAUGCACACACACACGCAUAUAUAUAUAUAUAUAUAUAUAUAUAUAUAUAUAUAGAUAUAUGCGUGUGUGUGUGUACGUAAUCUUGAUGAAGCUCAUGAAUUAUUCAAAUUCAGACUCAUUUAUCCACCUAACAUGAACAGGAGAUAAAUACCGGAAUUUUCCCAUUCGACAACUUCUAGAUUUGUCUCUUCCUUAUGCUGAAGUUAGCUGUGAUGGAGAAGUCUGUUUAGCAAAAGCAUUGGAGAGUGGAGGCGUUUUAAAUUCUAGUACUUGCACUGAGCAACUGCUUUAUGAGGUUGGAGAUCCCAGUGUCUACAUAACGCCUGACAUCGUAAGAGCCUUUCAACAACUACUGGGAAAAUUUAUAGCUAAUUGAUUCACGAUGCUAACAAUAAAUAUUGACGGCAGGUCAUAGAUAUUCGGGAUGUUUAUUUUUGCUCCUUGUCUGCUGACAAGAUACUCUGCUUUGGAGCAAGACCAUCUGGAGAACCUGUGCCUGAUAAACUUCUACAGCUUGUUCCAAAGGUGAGGACUACUAUGCAUUCAUGAUGCUCAUUCUGUCUAGCCUCUCACACUCAAAUCAAAAUUUUCCCAUGAUGUAUUUUCAUCAUGUUUCUAAAUCAGCUAUCACUAAAAGAUCGCUUACAUCUAAAAUGUUUAUUACAUGGAAUUCAUUUCAGCCUGGAAAGUCAGUUGUCUCUCAUUUGUGCUCUAUAGCGGCAAUGGUGGUGGGACGCUUUCGAUUUAAUUGGUAGUGUGGUUUCAGGAUUGCGGAUGGAAAGGAUGGGGAGAGAUUUCUUACGGAGGGUAUGAGUGCGUCAAGCGCGCUGAAGCUGCCAGGUUUUUGGUUCGUCUAAUGACCAGGCCUUUUAUUUAGUCCAUUAAUUUGGGAGAGAUGUGAACAUAAACUUCACGAAGAAAUUGUUACACCCUGAUAUAUCUUUUUCCUUCGCCAUAAAAAUACUGCCCUUGAUGUCACAUGGACCCUGCAUGGACGCGACCAACAUGCAUUAGAAAAUAAGGCAAAAAUAUUUCUAUUUUUUUUCACAGGUUAAGUCAUGGAUGGAGGAAGCAUUUCCUGGCGUCGGAGAUCGAAUUGUUUCCUACAUUAUUGGGUUUGACAGCCUAAAAGUAGCAAGAAGCAAUGCGGAUUCUUCAUCAUCGCAAGAAAUAACGGAUGUGAGGCUGAGAAUGGACGGUCUAUUCGAGAAAGAAGAACAUGCAGCUCACUUUGCUCUGGAGUUUAUGGCGCUAUACACAAAUGGGCCAGCAGGUGGUGGUGGAAUCAGGUUAGAACUGUGGUCGUCUGGAAUUUUAUUGCCUGCAGAAGUCCUCUAUGAUACUUGAAUGUCAGAAGCCGUAUUAUUUUCAUAUUACUCCCCAGAAAAGAAAAAGAAGUAUACUUAUUUCAAUAAACGGUAUAUAUGCCGUAAACAUAGGAAGAUUGCAUUUUUCUAUAACUACCCCAGCACCCUCUGUCCACACUCCCUACAAAACUGCUGGCUGAGCCAGCUUGAAUCCUGAAAGAAGCUCUGAUCUUCCGACCUAAUUUUCCACCGGAAGAUGUGCCUAGGGAGGAGAUGGUGGUGGAGGAGCUGUAGCCACUCUGCGUGGUCAAAGAAUGGCGAUAGAAAGGAGCUUUCACGAGGGAAAACCCUUUGCUUGGGAAACGCCGACGAAAAUCACCUAAAGCCCAUCAUUUUAUUAUUCUUUGAUGCACAUUACAUCUAGCUGUUAGUUUCUUGGCCUUGUAGAUCAUCGACAUUGUUGCCAUUGAGUCAUCAUCACUAUCACAUUACAUCUAACUAGCUUUCUGUAUUGUGCAGCACUGGGCACAGGAAGCAAAUCGUGCUUUCUAAAGAACUGGUAAGGAUCUCCUGCAUCUUCAGUUCUCUGAAUCAGAUCGUCACUGGGGAGCUUCCUCGUCUCCUUCAGGUCGAGCGGGAGUCUGUCCUCUGGCAAACCAGCGCCAAACGGGCAGUUGCUGAUCCAGACAGUAAGACUUCCAAUCUCCCGAUCAAAUUUAGCACCAAUUUUGGCAGGAAAUGCGGUGGGGGGAGCACAAACUUCUCUGUGGAUUCCGAUCAUGGCGGGCCUCCGAGCUCCGCUGCACCUUCCGGCGAGCCGAUUCCUCUGUACCAGGCGGCGCACUCGAGGACCGGUGACAAAGGCAACGACCUUAACUUCUCCAUCAUCCCUCAUUUCCCCGGGGACUUCGAGAGGUUGAAAAAGGUGAUAACCCCAGAGUGGGUGAAGGGAGCCGUCUCACCUCUCCUCGGCGAAUUGCCGUCCGCUGAUCCGGCGGCGGCGGAGAAGAGAGAUCGGUGGAUGGAGGAGAACCUGCGGGUGGAGAUCUACGAGGUGAGGGGAGUCCACUCCCUGAACGUUGUGGUGAGGAACGUCUUGGACGGAGGCGUCAACUGUUCCAGGAGGAUCGACCGUCAUGGGAAGACCGUCUCGGACCUCAUCUUGAGCCAGGAGAUUGUUCUUCCUUGA